AUGAACAGCAAACGAUGGAGGAAGUCGGACGUGCCGCGCUACGUCAGCAUCAAAAUUUCAGCGCUCGAUACUGACCCUGGCAGGGAGACGGAAAAUUCAAAGAUCAUUUGCAACGCCAAUCCAUCGCAUGAGGGCAUAGACUUCACCAGGAUUCCUGGAGAUGAGUUUCAGUUACCGGGGCAGGGUGGAAUGCACUUCUGUCUUGUAUACGAGCCGACGAGAGAAACCCUUUUCAAGCUCCAACAUAGGUUACGGACGAAAAGGCUAGCACCGGCGCUAUUUAAAUUUUUCAUUUACUGCCUUCUUCAAGCUGUUGACUACUUGCACACAGAGUGCAAGCUCAUCCACACGGAUAUCAAGGCCGACAACAUCAUGGUUACAAUCGAGAAUGAUGCUGUAUUAGAAGACUUUAUCAGAUUUCAACAGAGAGUCCCACAGCCCAGGCAUAUCAGGCCUGAGGAUGGGCGCGUAACGUAUCUCUCGCAAGGCGACUUUGGUCCUCUCCGAGGUUCUAGGUUACUACCUAAAUUAGCUGAUUUCAACCUGGCCUUUCCCGGUUUAGAAAAGGGAUUUGCUCAUCUUGCUCCCAUCCAAUCCCACUGCUUCCGGGCCCCGGAGGUGUUGCUUGGCUGCCCUUGGUCAUAUAGCGUUGAUAUAUGGAACCUAGGACUUCUCCAGAUGUGGAACCUCUUGGAGGACACUACCUUAUUUGACCGACCGGCCGGCGAAGAUGGGGAAUAUGAUGCGCAUGUCCACCUAGCCCAGAUGGUUGCUUUGCUUGGUGAUCCGCCUGAGGAAGUAGUCACACGAGAGAGACUCUUUCGCGAACAUCUAGUGGACAAGCCGUGGAUAAGCCCACGUGGUGAAGCGUGCCGGAACAUGAACAAGCUCUGGGGCGGCCCAUUUUUUGAUGAUGAUGGCCAAAUUCUCCGCAAGGACCUUGUUCAUCCAGAGAAGAGUCUGGCUGAUACGGUGACAGAACUGGAGGGCAAUGAGAAGGAGGCGUUUCUCGACUUCGCAUCUUGUAUGCUCCACUGGUUACCGGAAAAGAGAAAGACGGCAAAGGAGCUCCUCAAACAUCCUUUUCUCGAUUCGUUUUACAAGGAUCGCGAAAAGGACUAG